AUGAAGCUCACCACUUCUCUCUCUAUCUUCGCUAGCUUCACAAGCUUAGCAAUAGCCCAAUUCACCUUACCUGCAACUGUCAACCCCAACUAUGACAACCCAACCCUCCUCACAAGCACCCUUACUUGUGGAACUCAGCUCUCUUCCCAGUUCCCUACUUUCGGCUCGCUUCCUUCUUCUCCUCGUAUCGGAGGCCUGGUCUUUAUCGGCAACUCAGAUUCAUCGUUAUGCGGCACUUGCUGGAGGCUCUCACUCGCAGGAACCCGGGAACCGCAUACAAUAUUACUCGCUGUCGAUUCUGCGAGCGAAGGAUUUGUUAUCUCACAAGAAGCUAUGAGGGAGAUUACGGGUCAGAGCGAUGUGACGACAGCUAUUAAUGUAGAUGCUACUGAGAUGGAUGGCUCGUUUUGUGGGAUUUUCUAA